AUGCUAGAGUGUCCCGUGCUGGAGGAGCCAGAGCCAGAGCCAGGUGCUGAAGCGCCUUGCGCGGGGUCCUGCCACGCGCAGCGGGUCCUGCAGACCCUCAACGCCUACCGGCAGAGCGGCACCCUCACCGACGUGGUCCUGCGCGCGGGGGGCCGCGACUUCCCAUGCCACCGAGCCGCGCUCAGUGCGGGCAGCGCCUACUUCCGCAGCCUGUUCGCAGCCGGACGGCCAGAGCGUGGCCUCGCCGUGGUGCCCGUGGUGCCCGAGACGCCGGGCGCAGGGCGGACAGGGGCGGCACCGGCGCUGGCCGUGGUGCUCGACUACGUGUACGGUGCGGGCGUGCGGCUGCGCGCCGAGGACGAGGCGGCCGCCGUGCUGGAGCUGGCCGAGCGGCUGGGCGUGGCGGGCCUGCGCCAGGCCUGCGCGCGCUUCCUCGAGAGCCGCCUGCGCGCCGCCAACAGCCUGGCGCUGCGCCGCGUGGCCGCCACCUUCUCGCUCCCCUCCCUGGCCCAGCGCUGCGGCCGCGUGCUGCGCCAGGCCUUCACCGAAGUGGUGCGCCACGCUGACUUCCUGGAGCUGGCGCCCGACGAGGUGGCCGCGCUCCUGGCCGACCCGGCGCUGGGCGUGGCGCGCGAGGAGGCCGUGUUCGAGGCGGCCAUGCGCUGGGUGCGGCACGACGCGCCGGCCCGACGAGGGCAGCUGCGGCGCCUGCUGGAGCACGUGCGCCUGCCCCUGCUGGCGCCCGACUACUUCUUGGAGAAGGUGGAGGCUGACGAGCUGCUGAGGGCCUGCGGCGAGUGCCGCCCGCUGCUGCUCGAGGCCCGAGCCUGCUUCAUCCUGGGGCGAGAGGCUGGCGGGCUGCGUGCGCGGCCACGGAGAUUCAUGGACCUCGCUGAAGUGAUCGUGGUCAUUGGCGGAUGUGACCGCAAGGGACUUUUGAGGUUGCCCUUCGCCGAUGCGUACCACCCAGAAAGCCAGCGCUGGACCCCACUGCCCAGCCUGCCUGGUUACAUGCGCUCAGAGUUUGCCGCCUGUACUCUCCGCAAUGACAUCUAUGUCUCAGGAGGUCACAUCAACAGCCACGAUGUGUGGAUGUUUAGCUCCCAUCUGCAUACCUGGAUUAAGGUGGCCUCGCUGAACAAGGGCAGGUGGAGGCACAAGAUGGCGGUCUUGCAGGGACAGCUGUUCGUGGUGGGUGGCUUCGAUGGCCUGCAGCGCCUGCGCAGCAUGGAGCGCUACGACCCCUUCUCCAACACCUGGGCAGCUGCGGAGCCCCUCCCAGAGGCCGUGAGCUCAGCAGCAGUGGCACCCUGUGCUGGCCGGCUCUACGUGAUCGGGGGUGCCAGGCAGGACGGUGUCAGCACAGACAAGGUGCAGUGCUUUGACCCCGAGGAGGACCGGUGGAGCCUGCGGUCACCAGCACCCUUCUCACAGCGAUGUCUUGAGGCCGUCUCCCUUGAAGAUACCAUCUACGUGGUGGGGGGCCUCAUGAGCAAAAUCUUCACCUACAACACUGGUACAGAUGUCUGGGGGGAGGCAGCUGUCCUCCCCAGCCCCGUGGAGAGCUGUGGCAUGACCGUGUGUGAUGGGAAGGUGCACAUCGUUGGUGGACGGGAUGAUCAUGGGGAAAGCACCGACAGGGUCUUCACCUAUGACCCCAGCAGUGGGCAGGUGGAGGCCCAGCCACCCCUGCAGCGCUGCACCAGCUCCCACGGCUGCGUCACCAUUGUCCAGAGCCUGGACAGGUGAUUCAGACUUGGGCAACCUGAGCCAAGAGGCAGAGGGAGAAGGGAGAACUCAGGCCUACUACUAUGCUUUCCUCAUGGCUCCUCCAUGUAAAUAUUUCCUUAACUUAUUGCCCCCUUUUCUUGUAGAAAUAAAACCUCAUUCCAAGGUUUGGUCUGUG